AUGGGCUUGGAAAAUACCAUUGCCCGAGAUAAAAACUCUCCGAGCCAAGAUCGUGCAAAGGCCAUGAUCUUUUUGUGCCAUCACAUUGAUGAGGCACUGAAAAUGCAGUAUGUCACGCUGGAGUCUCCACUCGAAUUGUUGGAGAGAUUAAAAGAAAUAUACGAUCAUUUGAGGCUGACAUUGUUGCCAAGGGCACGAAGCGAAUGGCAAAGCCUACGGCUUCAGGACUUUAAAACAGUCCAAGAAUAUAAUUCUGCAAUGUUUAAAAUAACAUCACAGCUGCGCUACUGUGGCGAAAAUCAGCAGUAUCGCGAAAGAGGCUUCCAGAAAUAUUCUGAGCUGAUCACCUGUCUUUUGCUGGCCGAACAAAAUAAUGAAUUGCUGUUGAAAAAUCACGAAUCUCGGCCGACAGGUGCAAAUCCAUUUCCAGAGGCAAAUGCAAUACAACCGGCAAAUCCGGUGCGUGGUCGUGGGCAAGUCAGAAAUCAGCGAAUUGAUCGCGAUCGAAAUCAAAAUCGCGGACGGGGCCGGGCAAACGCAUACAGUCACAAUAAUUAUCAAAACAGGCCCCGAUAUAUGCCAAAUCGGCGAUAUAAUGACAGAAGGCCGUACAGACCUCAACAGAGGUUCAACACCGGGAGAAACAGGAACAAUGACGAUGAGUGCACCCGGUGUGGAAUCAAAAGCCAUUGGGCCCAUUUACGAAAAUCAUAUAUUGCAGCAACAAAUGCACUAGCCAAAAUAAAUAUCCCAGAAGGGAAAGUUCCGAGUGCUAAUGAGCAUACUGCCCGCGUAAAACGUGGCAGACCGUUGGGUUCCAAGGAUAAGAAUCCACGAAAGAAGAAAAUUGUAAAUACUGGUGAAGAGAUCAACAAUGAUCAGAUACCUGAAAAGGGCUCUUUAGACAAUGACGUCUAUAUGAAAAUCCCAUAA